AUGUCCAACAUUCCCAUCGCCGACAUCGACACCCCGGACCCGUGGAUGGUCCGGCACAACAACCUCUACUAUCUGACAUUUACAUGUGGCGACCGCGUCGACAUCCUGAUGUCUCGCAACGUGGAGGACUUCCGCUCCUGCAACAAAAUUACUGCAUGGCACCCGCCCCCCAACACCCCGUGGUCCACUGACCUCUGGGCCCCCGAGCUCCACCACAUAAACGGAACAUGGUAUGUAUACUUCUGCGCCGCGCACCUGGGCCGGGGGAGCCUGUCUCACCGCACGGUCCUCUUGCGCUCAUCGAGCCAGGAUCCGAUGGACGCUGCGGGAUGGACGUUCCUGGGCCCGCUCCAGGGGAUACCGGACCAUUGGAACGUCGACGCGACCGUGUUCACACUCCGUGGCAGGCUGUUCUGCUGCUACAGCGGCUGGCCGCCCGGCGACUUCUCCGACACUCAGCAGGACGUGUUCCUCGUCGAGCUUGCGGACCCGGAGCACGCGCUCGCACGCACGUUGACGUGCAUCUCUCGCGCCGAAUUGCCGUGGGAACGGCCCGACGGAGGCCGGCGAGGAGUCAACGAAGGCCCGACGUGGCUCAGCAUGGCCGGGUUCGAGGGCAUAGUCUACUCCGCCAACGGGAGCUGGACGAGCGACUACACGCUCGGCCUGCUGAGGUUUACGGGCGGCGAUCCUCUUCAGGCGUCGUCGUGGCAGAAACGCCACGCGCCGCUGUUGAAAAGCUGCAAGGACAAAGGAGGUCCCUUUGGACCCGGACAUGCGAGUUUCAUUCCUGCUGUAGAUUGGGGGCCUGCGUAUCCACAAGGACAUCCACAGAAGAACGAGAAGGGGAAGGCUGGAACAAUCGCAAGGCGAGGGUUCUGUGCCUCCACAGUCACCAUUUUCAUCCACAGUCCCAAAGCUGCUGCUGCUUUUGUUGUUGUUGUUCGUCUGUGA